UACAAAUUCACCAUAGUAAAUGUCUGAUUGCUACAAGUAUCAUUCCACUGAAUAAACUAUAUUGAGAAUUAGAAAUUAUAGCUACCAGAGCUUAUUUGUUCCCAAGAAAAACAGACAGCUUUCGUGGCGACUUAUGAAUUCUUCAACCAAGACAAUAUCGGCUCCGCAGACGUACUAUCACUUAUGAUGAAGACCAAGACGACUCUCAAGACGUCAUUUUAUUUUACUGACGCGGCUGACUGCCCGUGAAGACUUCAAUUAACAUGUGGUUUUGUUAAUGACCGAUUCAUGUUCAACUUUGUCACUGCCUGCGAUUGUGGAUCUGGGCGCUCUUAUCACUGAACAACAAAACAGAUGGAAGAAGAAACUUGUGAAAGCAAUCGGGGCUUGGAUGAAACAGCUGAGAACUGCAGGGAGCGUGUUAUUUUGUGCACGUCAAACAUGUUCUGAACGUAUAUUGGUUGGGGUUGCGAUAAUUGAAGUUUGUCGCCCGUUAUAAGUAAUCAAAACAAAUUUGUCUUACACACACAGUGUAUUAGUAACAUACAAGAUCAUUUAAUUUUAUAUUGAAAUAACACAUUGCGAAGAUGGGGAGUACUGACAAGGCAGUGAUAACUGGCUUUAUAUGUCGACUUUGUUCCAAGAUGAAUCGUUUUGUUAUUCAUAUUUAUGGCGAAGAAGGGGAGAGAAUGCGUCUAGCUGAGAAAAUUAAUGCAUACUUACCAAUAACGAUCAGUAUUAAUGAUCCUCUGCCAAAAACAGUGUGCUUGCCAUGUAUUGAUCUUCUGGAAGCACACCAUGAAUUAAUGGAGCAGUUUACCUGGGCAAGGCAACGUUUAGCAGAAGCAAAGGCCGCAGAAAAUCCACAAAAAUCAGUUGAUCCUAGUCAAGCUAGAGAUGGCAGCUGUGCUCUUCCUGGUUGCAGUUCAUCCUCACAAGAGCAGAGCAUGCAUGAAAUGGACACUAGAACGCACGAGUAGAGUGGAUUCAGAGGUACCAAUGGACCAAAAUGCUCAAAGUGUAUUCCAAGUCUUAAAACAGACUGAAAUUCUUUGAAAACAAACACAGAAAUGUAUGUGUAUUAUUUGAGGUUUUCACAAUAAUGUGAAUAUUGAUUAUUGAUAAUCUUCUGGGUUGUUGUUCAAUGCAGUAUUUUGGCUGUCAGUGUUUCAGAAGAAUACACUGCCUCCAUUAUCAUGGAUAAUGGAGGCAUACAGCAAACAUACUAUGUGGUGCAACAUUGGAGGUCAAUAGAAAUGUGUCUUCUGCGCUAGUGGUUUGAAGAUUUCAGGAGCAUGUUCUGGAUGACAGACCUAUACAAAACUUUAUUAUACAAUAUUUGAAAUGUGCUUUCUGUAAUAGAUUUUAUAAUUUUUAUUGUUUUUCUGUUUAAUUUUUCCUGAGUCAUAUGGUAAAACCUAGUUUACUUGGUUUUUUAUUACUCUUCACAAAGAUUUCCUGGAUAGGCAGUGAUGUUUUAUGGAUGUGUGAUAACAGUUUUUGUGAACAUUAUACUUUAUGAAAGAGACAAACUGAAGUGUGCUAUGAGUAUCAGGGGUGUUAUUUUGAUAACCCAUUAUUGACAAAAGGGUAAAUUUUUCCAAAUACAUUUAUGGUAAUUUUUGUUUCUUAAUAAGCACCAUCAGGCAUUUACAUGUAACUUAGGAAUAAAAUAUAAAAUAGAAUCAUA